AUGGGGUUAUCUACAGCAAAGGAAAUGGGCAUAGAGAAGAUUAAAAUCAUUGGCAAUUCAGAUUUGGUGCUAAGUCAGUUACAGGGGAGCUUUGCUGUGAAAGAGUCAACAUUGGCACCAUAUCGCACGGCUGCUGAAAAGCUUGUCGGCUCUUUCAAGCAAGUGCUGCUGGAACACAUCCCGGGAGUCACUAAUAGAUAUGCUGAUGCUUUGGCUACAUUGGGGUCAAAGAUCUCAUUCACCCAAGAGCAGCCCAACAUCACCGUAAUAAAGAGAGAUGUUCCAGCAGUUGAAGCAAUGGCUCAAGAGGAGCUGCUGGAGGAAAAAGAUUGGAGAAAAUCUGUGAAAGAAAGUUUGAUCGGAGGAAGCAACAUCAAGGACUUGAAGGACUAUGUGGUUAUCUUCAGCGAACUCUACAGACGCCUGCCGGGAGGUAUUCUGACCCGCUGCAUAGGACUGACAGAAGCACAAAGAAGACUCUGA